GACUUGCAAAUUUCCCAACACGAAGCGGCACCCAAAUUCCGAUAGAAAAAUUGUGUUUGAACCUAGGUCAGUAGUGAAGCUCUAACAUUGAAGAGUUGAUUUAAAGACAAAGGUCUUUAAAAUAAGAGGUAAGGAUGAAAUAGGAGAGAGACACGUUCAGAAAUGUCUUGCAUAGCACCCAGUUGUAAAAGCGCUAUAUUUAUGAUUGAUGUUUUUGGUAUAAUCAUAAAGCAAUAGCAGCCAUGCAACUGUUUGGUAUUCAAGAUUUUUCACACAGAGCCGACACUUCUAGCUCCAUGUAAACGAGGACACUAUUGGUCUUAAUCUCAGAAGCAAGGAUUAAUAUAAAAAACAACAACGCCAGUAACACAUAAACUCCAGCUAUGAACUUGUUACGAUAUGUCCGACUACCAGCCUUCCAAACGCCCAUACCCAGACUAUGGAGCGCCAUCAAUAGAAGCACCCCCAAGGCCACCAAAAGACCCCCGCUUUGACCCGCCCUCCUAUGAUCCCUCCAACGGGGUGUCAUACCCUGCCCCGGGUAGUUAUAAAGGGGGCUAUCAGCCUCCAUCCUUUACGGAGCAGACAAGCUAUGAUGGAUGGACCAAUUAUGGGUCAGCGCCUCAGAUAGAUGCGCCCCCUGCCCCUUCAUUUGAAAUGCCUAAUGACGCUCAGAACCAAGGGCCUUCUGACACUUCUAAUGAAGGGCCCACUGAUGCUCAGAACCAAGGGUCCCAAGAUCAUACGGCUUCGACUGAGAAGAAUGAGGGAGAUUCAGCAAACAUAGAUUUCACUGACGACUACUAUGGUGAUGACUCCAUGGAAGGCAUUGGUGGUGGAUGGGGGUGUGGCUUUGAUGGACCCAGGGGGAGAGGCUUCAAUGACUGGAGAGGUCGUGGGGGUUGGAACAACAGAGGUUUCUUUGAUGGCAGAGGUCGAGGUCGUGGUAAUUUUAGAGGUCGAGGUGGAUUUCCUCCAAGAGGUUUUCCCCCAAUGUUCCCAUGGGGCAGAGGCCGAGGGGGGCGGUGGAGGGGUGCAUUCGUGCCACCUGGCCACCCAAUGGCAAAGGGCAGGCCGGACUUUCCAGACAGCACCAACAUGUCCAUGGAAGAGAAGCUUCACCGUUUCUGCCUGUUUCUACGCCACGAGGACUCGCUAAAGAACAAUGCUAUUCAAACCAUUAUGAACGGCAUCACCAGCUGCAAGCUGGGACUCAAGGUUGACUACCAGGCGGAAGAGCUGACAAAAAUAGGGGGGAAGAUCAUGUACACGGGCGUGUUGAAGCUGGACACAGUGUUCCUGGCGCGCGCCAUACGUCCCAACAAGAAGGACCUGAAGCAGGAGGUCUUCCAGAAGGCAUUGAAUGUGAUGCUGUCAGAGACAGUGCAAGCUAUUUACAACCUUGUAGAUCCCGGGAAAGACGCCAUCAAAGAAGAAUUAGACCAACAGUUGUACAAGGAAAAGACUACAGACGGUGAGAAGACCACAAAAUCUGUGGCUGGCAUAGACAUCAUGGCCAUGUUGCAGUCCAUCAUUACCGUUCUCAAAAACAUGAAGAAUCCCCCUGACAACCCUAUCUCAACAUUAGAACAGGCUACCACACAGGCUCACAGCCUUAUCAAGAUGGAGUACCAGCCAACGCCUGUGGUACUGUCCAACUCUAGACAAUACUUCAUGGCUGCCCUGACAUUUGGUCCCACGGUAGUAGGGCGAGGGUGGGGUGUGACCAAGAAAGAGUGCAAGCUGAACACGUACCAGAGUGCGAAGGACCGACUGGAGACCAAAACCCUUGAUGAACUCGGGGACUCCAUGGAGCCCAUAGAAAUACCUGAAACGGAACAUCAUCUGCCAUUCACAGCCAAAGCCAAUGUGUCCAAGCUGAGCAUUGAAGAGAGGUUCCAGGCUCUUGUACAGGCUCUUGCUGGCGGGGCCACGUCACCUAGGCAAACCACCCACAACCAGAUUGAUGUAUUCUCUCUCCAAAACAACCUCAUUCCCAUGCUUGUGGUCAGGAAGGCCCACGAGAAUGAUGACGAGGACAAAACCAUGAUCGCUGAGCUGUAUAUUGAGAAGAUCCUCAUUGCAUCUGUUGAAGGACAGAAAAAGCGUGACUGCUUUCACCGAGUGUAUGACCUGGCCGUUGAUGUGCUGACCAGCACGCCCUCCGAGCAGAUCCUCAGCCAGCACAAGAGGAUCACAGAUGAGGAGGUGAAGGACCCCAGGCUACUGGACCUCAUCAUAAAGGGAUCUGCACGUACGGUGGAAUCCAACGCCAGCGCCCUGAAGAGGAUUGGUUCCAAGCUGGACGACGUGUUGACUCGGGACUGGCGGGAUCUCGUGAUCCUCGAGAACCAGGACUGGAUGCAGGACCGAGAGCGUAACGCGUUCUGUAUUCUGCAGUUCAGCUGCACCCAGAACAACCUGCUCCUGCAAUGGGAGUGUGACUGCGUGGAAAAAUAUUUCAGAUGCAUGGUUAGCAUACAGAAGCAGUUGAUGGGGGAAAGCUAUGGCUCCAACAAGGUAGCUGCAAGAAAUCUAGCCUGUGCAGACGCCCUUUUUAAACUGUACGAAACCCAGGAAGUGUUGUGCAUGUCGCAACGGCCCGAUGACCAGCUGAACUGGAUCUCGUACGAGAGCAUCAAAGAGAAAGCGGAAAAAAUGCGUAAAGAAAGUGUCGGUGAAGAGCCGAUCAUGAAAACAGACGAGGAAGGCAAUCGCCUUCCAAAUUCGUUCAUCAUGAAAGCUCUCACAAUGACGCUGGAUGAGAAAAUCUCCAAGCAGAGGGAUUUGCGAGAGGUGGUGUUCGGUCCGGGUAUCGAGCUCGUUGAAUCGCGAGAACUUCGUUCGUAUGGCCGUGAGAAAAACCUUCGCUCUGACGUCCGCCAGCAUCAGGGGCAGCCGUAUCUGAUAUUCUACGACAAGCUGGACUGGCAGGAGAUUGUGAAGCUUCUGCGGACGCAUUCCGGGCCGUACGGGAAGUUCCUGCGAGUGGAUAAAGCGACUUUGCCGAAGCACUCCGACGUCGAGAAUGUCGUGAUGAAGGAUUUGCCGAUAGCGGACUCCCCGCCGACCCCUGAAAAGUGCAAACAGAGUUAAGCUAGUAUUGCGAUGUUCAUAUUAUAGGACAAAAUAAUGAUUGAACUAGUGUUGUCUGAUAGCUGUCAUUGUUUCAGAAUAUUGUUUCCUGUCCAUUCUAAUGUUAAGCAUGGGAUUUGGUGUAAACAUUUCAAAAGAAGCUAAAAGAUUGUGAUCUCCUUUAACUAUUGGAAACUCAGCUUUAAGGGCUAAGAAAAACACAUGAUGGAAAUACAAGCACGGCUUUAUCUGAAAUACAUUUUUUUCUAGAAACAAAGCCCCUCAUGCUCGUGAUUUUACAAAGUAAUAAACAGUUAUGAUUGAAACAAAUGAAUAAGAUUGAAUGUCUUUUAUUAAUACUUAAUAAUCAAGGUUUUUUAAUAUGUGAAUUCCUUUAGAAAUUUUUCUUAGCUUUCUGUUUGCCAUUGAUAUGUUUUAAAUGUUGCUACAUCAUUCAAACAUGAUAAUGAGUGUUUAAGAUUCAUGAUUAGAACACGCUUAAAAAUAAAUAGCUUUUUUGUA